GCUGUCCAGGAAGAGAAACAGAGAACGAUACAGAGCUGGGAGGGGGCAGAGAGAGAUUUUUUAUUGGAAGCUGUUAAAGUGGUUGCUAUGAGACCUUCUUCAGCUAACACAGGCACAGCAGUGUGUGAGGCUGAUAAAUCAUAGCUCUUGCAUUAUACCUUCCCUUUCUGUCUAUUUUUUUUUUUUUCCCUAACACAGCUUUUAUAGUUGUUUAAGAUCAGAGAAAACACCUGCCAGUUGCUUUUCCUUCUGUUUCGGUCCCUUCUGCUGCUUCGUGCAAGAUGGAGCUAGAAAAUGCAAUGAUCAGCUCCUCGAGCAGUUCUUCUGCAGGUUCCAGAGAGUACAAGGUGGUGAUGCUGGGAGCAGGGGGAGUUGGCAAAAGCGCAAUGACAAUGCAGUUCAUUAGUCAUCGGUUCCCUGACUACCAUGACCCAACUAUAGAGGAUGCCUAUAAAACUCAAGUCCGAAUUGAUGAUGAACCAGCCUAUUUGGACAUUCUAGACACUGCUGGACAGGCAGAAUUCACAGCCAUGAGGGACCAGUACAUGCGAGGUGGGGAAGGCUUCAUCAUCUGCUAUUCCAUCACAGACCGCCAGUCCUUCCAAGAAGCAGCUGAGUUUAAGGAGCUCAUUUAUCGUGUCCGGCACACCUACGACAUCCCCGUGGUGCUGGUGGGAAACAAAAUAGACCUUGAGGAGUUCAGGCAGGUGUCAACUGAAGAAGGAAUGAGCUUAGCCAGAGAAUAUUCCUGCUCCUUUUUUGAAACUUCAGCUGCUCUCCGUUUCUACAUUGAUGAUGUCUUUCAUGGAUUAGUGAGGGAAAUUCGAAGGAAAGAGUCCUCACUGUCCAUGAUAGAGAAGAAGAUGAAGAGGAAGGAUAGCCUGUGGCGGAAACUGAAGGGAUCCCUGAAGAAAAAAAAGGAAAGUACAACCUGAUGGCAAUUCUCCACGAGCCACUCAUCAGGAGCUGACCACAGUAACCUGUAAUAGUUAAAAAAGGCAGCAUUGACACAGCAUCUUCCAGGCCAGGUCCUGGACAUCCUUCCCUUCAGCUCUCAUGCAGAAGUUGCUCCUUGAGAGCCUAAUUCAUGGUUUCCCUGUGACUCUUCUGUUCUAUAGUGUCAUUUAGCAUAAUCUCUCAUACCUUUUCUGCAACUCUGAGUGGAGAAAAUACUGUGUUUUUUAACAUGUGCUCCAUGGCUGGUCUUCAAAUGCUAUGAGUUACGCCAGCAGCCAAGGCAGAACCAGCUUACACCAGCUCCAGGGCAAUGGAUAAACAUUGCCUCCUCCUCUGCAUGCACAGGUCAUUUCAUCAUCCCAGGAAUGAAUGACAUUGAUGUCAAUGGACAUUUUGACUUUAAGGACUUUGGGGUAUGACCUUCAGCUUUGCAAUCACGUGUAGGUUUAGGGUUAGAUAGAGUGUGCUCAGCCUGCACACCUGUGUCUGUGUGUGACUGUGUCUGUGAGCCAGGCACAAAGGGAACCUGGGGACUCUGACCCGUGGUGCCCCGUCCCCAUCGUGGCCUGUCCAGGCAGGUUUUGCAAGCAGAGUCAUGCACCAGCCCUGCAGAGGCUGCUCUGCCUCCUCUGACUGGCAUUGCCAGGGCUGGCUGGCAGAGGUGCCACGUCCUACAGACCUGCCAUGCAUGGAAAUCAUACAAGAGUUUGUGUUGGAAAGGAGCUUUUAAAGCUUUUAAAGGUCACCUGGUCCAAACCCCUGCAAUGAAUGGGGACACCUUACUCUUGAUCAGGUUUCUCAGAGUCCUGUUCAGCCUGACAUUGGAUGUUUCCAGGGAUGGGGCACCCACCACCAAUUGUGCCAGUGCUUCACCAUCAGCCACACUCCCCUGUCCCACCAAGGAGCUCACAAGUGCUCUGAGUGUCCAAUGGGCCCCAGAGCCCCCUCUGGAGCAGUGCAGCUCUGUCCCAGCAUGUAAUAGCACCUGUGAUGUAGCAUCCAGCCCUUGACUUCCUAGAGAGUUGCAUCAGCUCAAUCACCAUUGCUCACAGUCCUUGACCAUCCAACUGAAACACUUGGUUAAGCAGUUGGAUAAGUCUUUUUAAAUAUUCCUUUUUAAAGCUGGCAUGAAGUAGAGUAUAUGCUCUUAAACAUUUUUCCUCCUGGAGUUCUUUUAAUGUUGUUGCUAUUUAUAAAUUUUACAGAUAGAAUAUGCAUAAGUUUUGUCAAAAAUAAAGAUUGUGAUUUCCAUGGAACCAUACUAGCAGUCAGUGUCAUUUGUGUCUAUGGGCGACAAUUGAUAUAACAAAAACAUAUGUAUCUUUAUUAUUGUUUUCCACUUUUCUUCUGUGAUUAUUUUGCAGAGUUUCAACCAAUUAUAUUUUGCACAGUCUGGGUAGGAGUGGAUUUGUUUUCCUCUGAAAAAACUUGGAAAUGUUAUGGUAUUUUGAAUAGCUUUAGUUCAUUAAAAUCUGAUGUUUUGUUCUCCACUGUCCCUUCCUUUCCAGGGAAUCUGGAGAUAUUUCGUGACUUGUCAAAAAUCCUUCAUCAAAAGUAAUGUUUUGCUGUAUGUUAUUAGAUCCUAUGUGGUUAUAUUUCUAUUUGAGAAAGAUUGUUUUGGAGGAAUACAAAUACAUAUACCCAUUAAAGGUAAAUUUUCUGUUUCUUGCCUCUG